GCAGCUCCCCAGGCGGUGCCGCGGGCCGGAGCCACUCCCGGACCAUGGGGGAUGUGCAGAAGGGGCUGCUCUCCGUCAUCCAGAAGCUGAAGGGAUCCCCGGAGCAGGAGCUCCGCAUCGUCCUGCUGGGGCUGGACAACGCGGGCAAGACCACGCUGCUGAAGCGCCUGGCGUCCGAGGAGGUCAGCACCAUCACCCCCACACAGGGAUUCAACAUCAAGAGCGUGCAGUCCCACGGGUUGAAGCUGAACGUUUGGGAUAUCGGGGGGCAGCGCUCCAUCCGGCCCUACUGGAAGAAGUACCUGGGCAGCACAGACCUGCUGAUUUAUGUCAUUGACAGCGCAGACCAGAAGCGUUUCGAGGAGACAGGGCAGGAGCUGGCAGAGCUCACGGAGGACGAGUCCCUAACGGGGGUUCCACUGCUGGUGUUUGCCAACAAGCAGGACCUGGUGACUGCAGCACCUGCAGCUGAAAUCGCAGAGGGGCUGAGCCUGCACACCUACCGGGACCGGGAGUGGCAGAUCCAGGCCUGCUCGGCCCUGUCUGGGGAAGGGGUGCAGGAUGGGAUGAACUGGAUUUCCAGCCAGAUCAUGAACAGGAAGAAGUGAGAGCUGCCAAGUGCCAGACGGGACUGAGCUGCAGGUCCCUACGCCACGGCCAACCCCUCAUGCCCCUCGGCUCCCCCUGAGCCUCGGCUGGGCCCUGAGCCUCAGACUGCCAGGCUUGGAUGAUUUUCCUACCCAAUCUUCCACAAAUCAAUCGGCUGCCCCUCUCCCUGCCUCCUGGGCUUCCACGGGCUCCUCACACCCCUGAUCCCCUGCAGCCCCCGUGCUGUUGGAGGGAAGUACGUGUCCCACUGUGCUGAGGGCGUGCACACGUCCAGCACGAGAACCUGCCCAGGACUUGUGCAUCCACACUGCUGUCA